AGAAUUUGCCUACUUAUUUCUACCAAAAAAAAAAAAGAAUUUGGCUACUUAUGAGGGUUCACCGUUUUAUAUUCUUUUUUAUUUAUUUUAGCAAUCCGUUUUAUAUUCCUUGUUUGUACACUCAAGGUUGUGCAUAUUUGAAUUUGCCUACUUAGGGUUCACCGUUUUAUAUCCCUUUGUUACACUCAAGGUUAGGGUUCACAGUUUUAUAUCCCUCCCUUGUUUUCUUUCUCAAAUACAAACAAACACAAAAAACAAAAAUUCCUUUUUCUUCAUGGCGAAUGAAAACGACAACACCACAGUCCCACUCACACUCACAGAGAAAUCCAUUCCUGAUGAUCGAGAAAAAACAACGGCUACUCUUGAUGUUGCCGCCGAAACGACGUCGUUGAAGGACGUUCAAGGUGAUGACGUGGCAGCCGAAGAUUCUUCUUCUGUUAAUCCUGCCGUGACUCCAGCGGUGUACGUUAGAAGGAAACGCAGAGAAAAGAGUUUUGCAGAAAUCGAGAGGAUGAAGAAAGAGGAAACGUUAAAGAAUGGAACGGAAGAAGAAACCGGUAAAGGUGAUGAUGACGUGGUAGCCGGAGGUUCUAUUUCUGUUGAAGUUGCUUCUGUUAAGGGAAAGAAGCGUGGUAGAAAUAGAAAAACGGAGAAGGAAGAAGAAACGGGUGAAGGUGAUGACGUGGCGGUGAAAGAUUUUGGUUAUGUUGAAGUGAGAAAGAGUGAGCGGCCGAGGAAGAAGGUAUCGUAUAAGGAGGAUGAGGAAGUGAAGACUAAGGGAAAUCGUGGUAUGAAGAAGAAGAUUAUUGCUGAUUCUGAUGUAAAAAAUGUUGCUGCUGAAGAAGGGGAAAAUGUGAAGAAAGAGGAGAAGAAGAAGAAGAAACCUGUUAGAAAGAAAAAUGAAAUUUUUAGUUCUGGAGAUGAAUUUGAAGCUGAACAAAAGGGAGAAGAUGUGAAAAAAGAGGAGAAGAAGAAACCUGAUAGAAAAAGAAAGAAAAUUUCUCACAAAUCUGGUGGAAAAAUUAAGAUUGAGGAUGAACUUGUUGGUGAAAAGAAGUCUGAGAGUGAUGUGUUGGAGGUAGAGGAUCAGGGCUGUCCUUAUUCUCCAAGGAGGACUGCUGUAACAAAGAAACCCAAGGUGCCCAAGGACGAAAGAAUUAGGUGGAUUGAACAAGAGUCGUUAAUGUGCCAUCAAUGCCAGAGAAACGAUAAGGGCAGGGUUGUCAGAUGCACAAAGUGCAAAAGGAAAAGAUAUUGUGUAUGCUGUAUAAACAACUGGUAUCCUCACUUGAAAGAAGAUGAAAUUGCUAAGGCAUGUCCGGUGUGCUGUGGUAAUUGCAAUUGCAAAGCAUGCUUGCGAUCAUCUACACUUAUCAAGGCAAUUAAAGAAAGCAAUCCACAAACAAACAAAGAUGGUGAUCGUGAUGUUGAGCUCUCCAAGUAUAUGUUGAAAGAACUUCUUCCUUAUUUUAGACGAUUGGAUGAAGAACAAAUGGUCGAGAAGGAGAUAGAAGCAAAGAGACAAGGGCUCUCACUUUCUGAGCUAAAAAUAGAAGUAGCCGAUUGUCCUAAAAAUGAGCGGGUGUAUUGUGACAACUGCAGAACAUCUAUAUUUGACUACCAUAGAAGUUGUACAAAAUGCCCUUUUGACAUUUGUCUCUUCUGUUGCCGCGAGCUUCGUUGUGGGAAGCUCCUAGGUGGUGCAGAUCCAGUUGAGUUUGAGUUUAUCUGCCGAGGGCGUGAUUAUCUGCAUGGUGGAAAAGAGAAAAUAGAAAAAAAUGAACCUCGUGAUGCUGUCCAGCCUAAGAUUCGUGAAUGGUCAAGAUCUGAAUGGCAUGCAUACAGUGAUGGUAGUAUUCCCUGUCCCAAAGUCAAUAAUGAUUGUGAUCAUGGUUUCCUUGAACUAAGAAGCAUGUUUGGACCAAAUCACAUCUCAGAGUUAUUGUGCAAAGCAAAAGAACUGGAAGUAACACUUAAUCUACAAGACAUAGAGGUGACUCUUGAUGGUAGGUGUUCUUGUUUGAAGCCAGAAGAUACGCACAGUAACGUAAGGAAGGCAGCUUCUCGUCAAGAUUCCAAUGAUAACUUCUUGUACUGUCCUAAGGCUGUAGAUCUACAGAAAAAGGAUUUUCGUCAUUUUCAAUGGCAUUGGAGCAAAGGGGAGCCAGUAAUUGUCAACAAUGUGCUUGAAUGUACAUCUGGCUUGAGCUGGGAGCCCCUUGUCAUGUGGCGUGCAUUCCGUCAAAUAAGCUCCAAGCAUGAAUCACUUUUGGAUGUGACGGCAAUUGAUUGCUUAGAUUGGUGCGAGGGAGAUAUUAAUGUGCACCAAUUCUUUACUGGGUACACAAAAGGUCGCUCGGAUUGGCGUAACUGGCCACAGGUAUUGAAAUUGAAAGAUUGGCCUCCUUCUAAUUUAUUUGAGGAAAGUUUGCCUCGUCAUUGUGCCGAGUUCAUAUCUUCGUUGCCGUAUAAAGAAUAUACAGAUCCUUUCAAAGGUGUUCUUAACCUUGCUGUGAAGUUGCCCGAAGGCAUUCUAAAGCCAGACAUGGGGCCAAAAACAUAUAUUGCUUAUGGAUUUGCUGAGGAGCUUGGACGUGGUGAUUCUGUGACUAAGCUCCAUUGUGACAUGUCCGAUGCAGUAAAUGUGUUGACUCAUAUUGCUGAAGUGGAAUUGAAUCCUGAUAGUAUUAAAGCCAUUAAGGAACUGACACAAAAGCAUCUCAAGCAAGACAAGAGAGAGCUACAUCUUCAUCGUGGUAAUCAGGUUGUUGAUCCAGUUCGUGAACACUCGGUUGCUGAUGAUGAUGGCCUUUCUUCUGAAUCAGAGCUCAAUGAGGUUGAUGAAAUGACAGUGAAAAAGGAAAAUAGUUUGUUGGUAGGGGGGGAUUCUGUAGAUGGUGCUCUCUGGGAUAUAUUUCGGAGAGAGGAUGUACCUAAAUUGGAGGAAUAUUUAAAGAAUCAUUUCAGAGAGUUCCGGCAUUUGCACUGCUCUCCUUUAAAUCAGGUUGUUCACCCUAUCCAUGAUCAAACAUUUUAUUUGACUGUCGACCAUAAGAAGAGUCUUAAGGAGGAGUAUGGAAUUGAGCCCUGGAUUUUUGUUCAGAAACUAGGAGAUGCAGUUUUCAUUCCAGCUGGUUGUCCUCACCAAGUCCGAAAUCUGAAGUCAUGCACCAAAGUCGCACUAGAUUUUGUCUCUCCGGAAAAUGUUGGUGAGUGCUUUCGUUUGACAGAGGAAUUCCGGAAACUUCCAAUCAAUCACAGGUCCACAGAGGACAAAUUGGAGGUCAAGAAAAUGAUUGUAUAUGCAAUGCUUGAUCUGGUCAAAAACUUGGAGGAAGCAAGGAAUGGAGAAACUGAGGUUCCAAAGUAAAUUGUAAAUGUAUCUGAGAGCUGAGAGUUUGAAUCAAGCUGGGAAUGACUUUUUUUUGAACCACUUAGAUGUGCUGAUCCUGGGUUCUUUUUAUUGCAACUGUGGGAUAGGAUCGCUAUUUUGUUCGAUCUAGCACACCUUGACGGCAUUAUAUGACUUGUAAUGUUGUACACUAAUAUGCUAAUCCGCUGACUUUUAAUGUUGUACACUAAUAUGCUAAUCCUCGAGCUGGUCAAGACUUUCCCAGAAGCUAAUGCUAGCAUUGUAUUAUUAAACUUUUGAAUGCAUUCAUAAUGAAAUCUAAAUGUCCAUAGUUACUAGAA